AUGGUGUUUUUCUUCCUCGGGUCGAUUCUCUUCGCGUUUUCCGGCAAGCACUUCACUGACGUGAAAUUUUUCACCCACACCGACUUCUCCGUCAUCGUUUUUGUUGCGUUCUGCUACCUGACCUGCUACGGCGCGCUGACGCUGUAUGGAUGUGUCAGGUUUGAAAUCGUCAAAGUUGAAAUAGUUUGUCAUGCAUAACACGGAUACCAGCUAGGCCUACAGUUUGUAGUCGGCGCAUGACAAAUUUUCCCGUUCCUGGAAGCGAGUCUGUCAUGCGGUUUAGGGCAAAGGAGCUGCCUUCUGUCAUGCUAGUUAGCAGUCCAACUUUUGACCCUUGCCAGGACUAUAAUCUGCCUCCCGUGGGUCCUCUGCAAUAGAGUCACUUUCUGUAUCGCAUUUUAUGCAUUACAAAUUAUUUUUUCAACUUUGACGAUUUCAAACCUGACGCUUCCAUACGCUGUUCUUCUGCUCGUGGAUUAUCAACUGGUAUGCCUUGCUGGGGAC